UCAAAUUUCCUGUUUGUUUUGAAUCCAUCGGUGCGAUUUCAUCAAGUUCUGUGUGCAAUCCGUGCAUGCAUUCACGAAAAAGUCACGUUAGAUUGUAAUAUAAGUGUUCCACCCAAAUCAAAAAUAUGGCACAAGCAUUCGGUGGCCACGACCAGCCGGUCAACACCAUCGGCGGCAAUCAAGGCGGCCCACACGGAUUAGGCGAUCCCGACGAUAGAAGACUGCGGAAGGUCGAAAGGGAAGUUCUUAUCCCCAAAAUAAUGCGCGAACGAGCCAAAACGGAGAAAUGCAUCCCGGAGGUGCAGGAUUUCGAAACGUGCUGCAAGGAUUCCGGUCUCCUGAUGGCGAUGAAGUGCCAGAAACAGAACGAAGCCCUCAAAACGUGUUCCCUGCGGUGGUACAACGAUGAACAGUUCAAAUCGGAGUGUACGGAAAUUUACCUGGCGGAGCGAAGCGAAUUCCGACGAACGGGAAUACCGAAAAAGUAUCGGCACAUGAAUUUGGAUCAGCCAUCCCAGUAGAGGGAUCUUGAUGGUGUCUUACUGCUGGUAAAAAGUCUUCGCGAUAAAGAUAGAGUUUAGUGUUGAAUUA